AUGCGCUGGUCGCAAGGUCACUCAACUCGACUCCGCUUUUUGGGUACGGGCGCCGUGUGCUCAUUGAUCGCCGUUACAUUCCUCUUCUUCAGUACCAAAUACUCAGCUGAAGUCGCCAAAUAUGCGCUAAAAGCCCCUGUCAAGCAGUCUCCACUGGGCUCCCCGCCUGCAUGUAGGAAUGAUUCUUCCUGGGAGUUUCAGGUUGAAAAGGAUGGGAAUGAUCACGGGCUUUCCGAAGAACAGUGCCACGCUGCUUUUCCGAAAUUGUUUGUUGAGCUCGAUAAGUCUGCUUCAUUCAGAGAAAACAAUCCCAUUCAAUUUAAGGAUGUGGAUAGCUUGACGGUGGAAAAUGGGAUGGUGAGGGGUAUUAUUGAUCAUGGAGAGGUGGGUUUUUUCCCUACGAAUCCGGGCUGCUGGAAGCCAUAUAUUGACUUUUGCAUUCUACGGCAGCUCUAUAUUGUUGAUUUUGGUAACAUGCCUGCCACCUUCACUCGGGGGAAGGCGACAUUGAAUUCAUUGCACCGCGCAUUAGCCUCGUUCCCAGAUCGAGAUCGUCUUCCGAAUGUUGAAUUUGUUUUAACCACGGAAGACUAUAGCAGCGGCGAAGGGCCCAUUUGGUCAUACUCCAAACGUGAGGAGAAUACCAACGUCUGGUUGAUGCCGGAUUUUGGGUACUGGUCAUGGCCGGAAGUUGGGGUCGGUCCGUAUAAGGAUGCUCGACGCCGGAUUGCUGCAAUUGACGACGGAGAGGUAACGGUAGAUGGCCAAGUUAUCCCCGGCAUGCAAUUCCAAGACAAGAAGAAGCAGCUUGUUUGGCGAGGCAACGUUGCCACGAAUCCCCAGGUGCGCGGCAAGCUGCUGAAGGCUGCCCAGGGGAGGAGCUGGGCCAGUAUAUUGGCUAUUGACUGGGGUGAUGAGAAUGACAUCCGAUUCAACCUGUUACCUAUAGAAGAGCACUGUAGGUAUAUGUUCCUGGCGCACACUGAAGGGCGCAGCUUCUCAGGACGCGGCAAGUAUCUCCUCAAUUGCCGUUCGGUAGUCAUCUCGCACAAGCUGGUCUGGCGAGAGGCGCACCAUGCUGCUCUCAUCUCCUCUGGUCCCGAAGCGAAUUACGUUGAAGUUGAGCGUGACUUUUCUGAUCUUGAUCACAAAAUUGAGUUUCUCAUCGACAACCCGGAGGCUGCGGAACGCAUAGCAAACAAUUCAGUUAAAACUUUCCGCGACCGGUAUCUCACUCCAGCUGCGGAGUCUUGUUACUGGAGGCACUUGAUUCGGCAGUAUGCUUCGUCUUCCGAAUUUGAACCUGUUUUGUACACUACGCGAGAGGAUGGGAAAAAGGAGCCUCGUGGCAUCCCUUUUGAAACAUGGGUCCUUGGUUCUUAG